ACCGUCAACGCGCAGGGCAGUGUACGAGAAGGCAGAACCAGAGGGGAACUGGGGAAGCCAGCCGGGCUCGUGGAAAUCAAAAUAAAAAAGGCUCCACUCCGCUUCCUCUUCGGUUUCGUCACGUCUCUUCUCCCCUUUUUGUCCGCUGGGCGCUCGUCCCGGCCACCGUCGCUAGCGAUGGCCAGGAAUCCCACGGAGUCCAAUGAUGAGCUCAAUUACCUCGUCCUCCGAUACCUCCUGGAGUCCGGUUUCACAAAUGCAGCAUUUGCUUUUGGAUAUGAGUCAAGGAUUAAUAGAACUCCUGUCGAGGAAGAUCUAAUUCCAUCUGGUACUCUUGUUGCAAUUGUACAAAAGGGCCUUCUGUACAAAGAAUUGCAAGAAAAGUUGGGCAACGGUAAUUCCAACCUCAUGACAAAAGACAUCAAUGAAAUACAACAAAUGAUAAAAGAAAAGAAAGAAAAAAUUAAAAAGGAGCGAGAAAAGGAAAAUAAUAAUAAAUGUGAAAGCAAAAGAGAAAGACAAGAUACAGAUAGAGAACAGGAGAAGGAUAAGAAAAUGAAAAAGUCUAAUGAGGAGGAAAAGGAAAAGGAAAUGGAACAGCGGGAGCACCAAGAUAAAGAUAUUGCAAAAGAUCAUGAACAUAUGACAAAAGCUAAACUAAGUGAAGAUGGAGUUUCUGGAGUUCAUCCUUUGACCCAAAAAUCAAGUUAUGGGAUGCGGAACUAGGAAGGCUUCUGUUCAGUUUGAAUGCUCAUAGGCUACCUGUAUAUUCUGUUGAAUUAAGACCUAAUGGCAAGUAUUUGCCACGUGGCUCAGCAGAUCAAUGUGUACAUAUAUGUUCUCUGAAAGAAAGGGGAAGGCUGUGAAGACUUGCGGUGGGAAAGUGAAAAUUUUAGAAGUUUGCUGGAACCAAAAAGGUGAUGAGGUAGCAGCCUCCAACAGUACUGUAUAUGUUUUGGAUUUUAGAAUGUAGAUAUUCAUUAAAAUUCUCAAUCAACUGAGGCAGCAGGCCCAUUUCAUUGUACCCUUAGUGUUGGAGAGACAAAAAUGGAUUGUUCAUGCCCCAACACAGGAUGACAUUCCGAAAAAAAAAAAAAAAGCAUUGUUCUUCAGGUUGGUUGUUAUCAUGCCACUUCUAUUAAUGUAAACAAUGUUCAUACGAGCAUGACUAUACCUCAUCAUAGGUAAA